AUGCAACCAUCAUAUUUGUACACGUCUGAGCUUGAUAAAGAAAUUCAAUGGCGUUCAAAAUUUUCGAUUGUUAUACCGAUUAUAAUAGGAUUCUUACAAAUGAUUUUAACAUUUGCAAUUGUUGGUCUUGAAAUAGCAUCUGUAGUUAUAACACCAGUCAAAGGAACACUUUAUGCUGGUUUUUGGUUAUCAACUAUAUUCACUUUAUCAUGGAUAGCCAUGCUUACGCUAGUUUGUUGUCAUCGUUCGCGUAGAUGUGCAUUAUACGUUUUUUUUAUAUCAUUACUUUGUGCUGCUGCUGCUAUAGCUUUGAUCGUUUUGGAUGCUUUUUUUAUUGGAGAUAUAGAUAAAUGUUAUUUUGCUAGUGCUAUUUGUAAUGAUCUAGGACAAUCUUAUAAUCGACCACCGUCUGCUCCACUUGGAAGAAAAGUUCAAGUCUUAAAAGGUCAAAUAGCCUGUGCCGCUUUAUUAUUAGCAACUGCUUUGCUAUAUAUGCUUCUGUUUAUUUUGGCAAGCAUCGGUAGUCGAACUCGAAAUAACCGUGUAGUAAUCGAAAAUUCUCAAUUACCACCACAAGUUAAUCGCCAAUAUGUUAGACAACCAUCACCAGCACCAGUAUGGAAAUCAACAUCCGUACCGGUUACAUAUGAACCAAGUCAACUUGAAUGCCCCCAUUGUGGAACAUUGAUUAAAUUAGCACAAAAGAAGCGAUAA